AUGUUUGCAGAAUUUAGAGCGAAAAAACCCAAAAGGAAAAACAACAAUACCAAUAAUGCAAAUAGUAACAAAACAAAACGCACAGCAAAAGCACGUAGAAAAUUUGAGCUUUUCAAGACGACUUUUUACCAGGUACUGUGCACGUAUAAUCCGGAUGUUGUCGGUAACGACGAACAGGAUUUUUUGGAGUAUCUCGCGGAGCAAGUUUGGGACGAGGGAGUUUUACAGCAGAUGUCUAUGAUUGAUACUAUUAACGAUGAUAGUAGCGUUACUAGUUCAAACGUAGUCGAUUCGAGUAAUGGUGGCGAUAAUGGUAUUCAACUUGAUGAACAAGAAAUAAUCUCCAAAAUAUGUGAAGUAAUAAAAGAUGAUUUUGUUACAUUUGGCGUUUGUGAAAACGACGAAACAUGCAUAGAAAUCUCUCGAACAUGUCAACUCUGCCAUCGUCACAUGCGUCUCAGUUUCCACCACUUGAUUCCUCGAUAUACCCACAAAAAAGUUUUGAAACGAAAACUGUUCACCAAGGAAGAAGUGUUAACUCGUGGUGUCAUGAUCUGUGGACCUUGUCAUAAAGCUUGUCAUAAAAUGAUCUCACAUUAUGAUAUGGCAUACACGUAUAAUACGCUAGAGAUGCUGCGACAACAUGAUGGUGUCAUCAA